GACGGAGUUGAAGGAUGUUGUCGUACAUCGAUCAAGUUUGGUAUCUUAUAUUUUCAUUCCAGGUACUCAUAAGACUGGUUCAUUCUGAAGCAUCGAACUGCAGGUUCACUACAUCAUAUGAAAAACUGCAAUCAGAUAAGGCCUUAUUGAACCACGUCAUUGAUGAACUAACACUAUCAGGUGACCAAAUGUGUCGAAUCAAUUGUUAUCUAAACAAUGACUGCGUGUCGUACAACCUUGGACCUUCAUCGUCACCUGGAAUGAUGGUCUGUCAACUGAACGAUGCUGAUCGUUACCAAUACCCACAGGACUAUCAGGAAAGACCAGGAUACUCGUACAGAGGCACAGAGAAUAAAUGCGCCGUGAAUCCCUGCACGAGUGCCAACCAAACCUGUCAAUCAGGUUUCACCAUUACAGGAUAUCGAUGUCUUUGCCCUAAAGGAUUCACUGGAAAAUAUUGCGAAAUAGAUGUUGACGAGUGCAUAUCUGGCGUUCAUAAUUGCUCUACAAACGCCACGUGCAAUAACAAGGCUGGUUCAUUCCAAUGUGCCUGCCUUCCUGGGUUUGAAGGAGAUGGUGUCACUUGCAGGGACGUUGACGAGUGCUUAUCUGGUCUUCAUAAUUGCUCUACAAACGCCACAUGUAAUAACAAGGCUGGUUCAUUCCAAUGUACCUGCCUUCCCGGGUUUGGAGGAGAUGGUGUCACCUGCAGAAGAUGCAAAAUGAUGUCCUUUCCCGGAGGAUCAGUGGAUAAUUUGGUUUUCUUUGAUAAUCCUUUUCUGGCUGGUUUGACUAAGCUGUCUGUCAGCAUUUGGUUUCAGAUGGAUGCUGCAAAAGCAGGAGCCCAUACGCCGCUAAGCUACUCAACUUCAGUAUCCAGUGACGUGAUCGUUGUGUUUUUAAAAACAACCGAAACAAAGAUAUCCAUCAACGGCGUAUGGAAAGAUUUUACUGAUCAAAGUCAGUACAUCACCGACAGCACCUGGCAUCAUCUUGCUUUCACUUGGGAAAGUGUGACAGGUAAGGUGGUACUGUAUAUCGAUGGAGUCAAGAGAGGCGAGAAAGCCAAUGUAGCAACAGGUGAGACGAUUGGCAACGGGGCCUUAGUACUUGGCCAGGAACAAGAUAGCUACAAAGGAGGCUAUGAUCCAAAUCAAGCUUUUAAAGGCAAUCUCACAAGCUUGAACAUAUGGGACAAGGUCCUGACAGCCUCUGAAAUAUCAGAUCUCGCCGGCAAAUGUCCAACUCAGGAAGGAAACAUCCUAACUUGGACUAACUUGAUGAGUCAGCCAAGGUUAGGAAACGUGAAUCUGAUCUGCUCUACUUUCUGUAUUCCACUUUAAAUUAUAUGUCAAUGGCCAGAAAUCUCUAACAUUGAGCCCGCGAUUGCAAAGCGGAGUUCCCCAAUCGCAGUACUUCGAAAUCGCAUCAAUAUGUAUAAAGAAUGUAUGGAAGACGACAAUAUUCAUGUAAAUAAAACCUUGGGAAUUAUUAUUUUUUAUUUUGCCAAGUUUGUAUUUAAGUCUAUAACUAAUUGUUAUUUCACACAACCUAUAUAAAAAGUAAAAUUCAAUGGGCKUACUUUGCCUUUCCAUGGCUUUAAUUUUGCCCUUCGCUAUCCCCGAUCUCCCUAGCAUCCACUAUAGAUUAGCCAGAAGUAUCCAUGCAUCUUCACUUGGUUCCAAAGAAUCCAUGCGAAUUUUUUAUUUGCCAAGAUCGAUCUAAGUAGGGCAAUAUUUACUUUGAUCGCUGGCAAAGAAAUUGGAAGUCUUCAGCAUCAGCAACGUUUGCCUUUUGGGAGUCAAAGUUUUUGAUUUUUCACAAAAGAAGUUAAUAUUCUAUGUCGAGUGUAUCCUGCUUCCGGAAGGCGAAGAUGACGCACAAAAAUCGCCACUUUUUUGGCGUUUUAAAAGGCAUUUUCUGAGCGUGUUUGAUACCAAAUUAAACAUCUGAAAUCAGGCUUAGCUAUGCCGCAGAGAGUUCUGGGAAGACUUGCAAAGGAAGCCCAAAAUCAAUAAUAAAAGACUGUGCACUUUUACUUCCGGUGAGAUCAAAUUUUCGAAUUACAAAACAAAAUGUCGAUUCAGCUUGAUUUUUAUGAUUUUGAAAAGCUUCAAAGUACUUUGAGGGCUUAUUUUAGUUGUAAUCUUACCUAUGUAAAGCAACAAUACGUAAAUGCAAGUGAAAUUUCAUUCACAAUACACAUAAACAACCUAUCUAUUGUUCCACUCGUGCUAGAUAUUAUUCUUUCGACUUCAAAAUAAUUUGGGUAGGCUUUUACUUUUUUCUUUCUGUUUUCAUGUAAAAUGACCGAUGAAAUGUUGUUUAACUGUUGGUAGUAACCCUUACCAUAGUCUUUCUUUCCGAAUGUCGCUGUAUUGAAUAUAUCUCAUAUGGUAAUUCCGCUGACUUGACCGCAGGAGCAAAAUGUCCGAGAUUUCUGGCCAUGCGAAAAUAAGAUAAUAGCUGUACCAGAUGUACAGGUUUGCCAUUUCAACCAUCUCCAGGUAAACUUAUAAACUAGGUUGAUGUGGCACACCAAGUGGAGUAGGUGGGAAGCAAGACCAGGUAGGCAAGAUCAACAAGGACAGACAGACCGAGAGCAGAAGUUAGACCAGGUGGACAGGAUGGACCAGGUGUAACUGACAGACCAAGAGCAGAAACUAGGCCAGACGGACAGGAUGGACCAGGAGUAACAGACAUACCAAGAGCAGAUGAUGGACAAGUUAGAACGGACAGACCAAGAGUAGAAGUUAGACAAGGUGGACAGGAUGGACA